GUAGGAUAAAGACGUCAAAAUUCCGCACCAACUCUCAACUCUUCCACAAAAAUGAGCCGCAAAAUUUGUCCUCUCUUUCUUCACCAAAUUUGCCUCUCCACCAUUUUCCUCACUUCAUCAUGCCUCAGUCUACAAACAGAUACCAUCAAUUCCUCGAGCUCAGGCAUCAUCAAAGACGGCGACACCAUAGUCUCCCGCAGCAACAAGUUCAAGCUCGGCUUCUUCAGCCCCCCCAACUCCACCCACCGCUACCUCGGCAUCUCCUACACCUUCCCGCAACAAACCGUUAUUUGGGUCGCCAACCGAGACACACCCCUCAAAAACUCCUCCGGCGCCGCCUCUCUCUCCCAACACGGCAACCUCGUGAUCACAGACACCGCCACCAAUCAAACCAUCUGGUCCUCAAACGCCGCCGCUUCAUCCCCCACCAACACCACCCUCCAAAUCACCGACACCGGAAAUCUCAUCCUCACAAACUCCUCAACCGGAGCUCAAAUCUGGGAGUCGUUCCUGCACCCUUCCGACGUCUUCGUCCCUACCAUGAGCACCAGCGACAACAUUUACACGGGGAAGAAGGUGAUCCUGUCGGCGUGGGAGAAUGACACAGACCCACGCCGCGGGAGGUUCACCGCGGGGCUGGACGUGUCCCACCUCCAGCAGAAUUUCAUCUGGAGGAGAGACGGCCGGCCCCAGUGGCGGAGCGGGCCCUGGAACGGGCUGAUCUUCAUCGGGGUACAAACGUCCUAUUUCUCGUUCCUCGACGGAUUCGUUUAUGUGACCAAUGACAGCGCGGGGAAUUUCUACUACACCAUGCCGCAGUGGAAGAUUGUCAACAGAGUGACCCUCAACUCAUCCGGGAGUUUAGUCGAGACGAUGUGGGAUUUCAAGAACGAGACGUGGCGUACCAUUUGGGCAGCUCCGGAGAACGAGUGCGAUGUUUAUGGGACGUGCGGGCCGUUUGGGAGCUGCAACGUCGAGGAUUCGCCUGUUUGUUCUUGUGUGGAAGGGUUUGAGCCUGCGAGCGGGGAGGAGUGGGGGAGAGGGAAUUGGAGUAGCGGAUGCAGGAGGAGGAGGAAGCUCGAGUGUGGUGGCGGAGAUGGAUUUUCGAGGAUGCAAUUUAUGAAGGUUCCGGAUUUGGCUCAACGAUUCUAUUCUGAAAGAAUAGAUGAAUGCAGAAGGAGUUGUUUGGCUAACUGUUCUUGCAUAGCUUAUGCUCAUGACUCGAACAUCGGUUGUAUGUUUUGGCGCGGCGCUUUGAUUGAUGUUCAGAAGUUCAAAGGCGUUGGCGUCGAUCUUUACAUUCGUCUCUCUGCUUCAGAAUUAGGUAACAACCACAGGGAGAAAUGGUUGUUUGUUGUGAUACCAGUGGCUGGGUUUGUUGUAGUGGCAGUUUCCAUCUUCAUAGCUUGGUACAUGUUGGUGAAGAGAAAAGGGGACAAGAUAAAAGACAGAAGUGUUGUUGCAGCAGAACAUGCCAUUUCACCUGCAAUUUCAAGCACGGAUGCAUCAGUAGGAAAGGUUGAUAUGGGAGAGGUACCAUUGUUCACCUUUGAGAUUAUUGCAAAUGCAACCAAACAUUUCAGUGUGACCAAUCUUAUUGGGAGGGGUGGUUUUGGUCAUGUCUACAAGGGAACUCUCCCGAAUGGGCAAGAAAUCGCGGUGAAGAGGCUAUCAGUGGAUUCUGGACAAGGAAUGCAAGAAUUUACGAGUGAAGUGAUCGUGAUCUCCAAACUCCAGCAUCGGAAUCUAGUGAGAUUACUUGGAGGCUGUGUGGAGAAGCAAGAGAAGAUUCUGAUAUAUGAAUACAUGCCGAAUAAAAGCUUGGAUGUUUGCCUCUUUGAUCCCAUUAGUCCAACGAAAAAUGUCUUGGACUGGAGGAGGCGUUUCAGCAUCAUCGAGGGCAUUGGCCGGGGCCUUCUGUAUCUUCACAAGGACUCAAGAUUCAGAAUAAUUCACCGGGACCUCAAGCCGAGUAAUGUGCUGCUUGACCAAGAAUGGAACCCGAAGAUAUCCGAUUUUGGCAUGGCGAGAAUAUUUGGUGGCAAUCAAGAUCACCACGAUACUGCUCGAGUCGUAGGAACAUACGGUUACAUGGCACCUGAAUACGCAUUGGAAGGCCGAUUUUCUGAGAAAUCCGAUGUCUAUAGCUUUGGCGUGCUUAUGCUUGAGAUAAUAAAUGGAGAAAAGAACACACACUAUUACAAUGAAGACUGGUCUCUGGGGCUAUUAGGAAGUGCAUGGAAAAUGUGGAGUGAAGAAAAUGGUUUGGGUUUUGUGGAUGAAAGCAUGGAAAGUUCAGGGAUGGAGAAUGAGAUUGUUAGGUGCAUUCAAAUAGGUUUAUUGUGUGUUCAAGAAUAUCCUCAAGAUAGGCCUUCCGUUGACACGGUCGUGUCGAUGCUAAGCUGGGAAAUAGCUGAGCUUUCGGCUCCCAAACAGCCGAUAUUUUCUCAGAAACACAGUGCCUUCACCACACAACUUGGCUGUUCUACUACUACUAGUAAUGACCUAACUGUGACUGAGCUUGACGCAUAUUUCCAUACAAAAGAGAGUCUGCCGCCAACGAUGACACGGCCACCUCUAAACUCUCUUCUUCUCGCGGUGGCGCUCUGGUGCUGCCUCCCGCGAUUUUCCACCUCACAAGGCACCGGUCCUUGCCAAAUCUCCGACACGUGCGGCCAAUUCGGAGUGUGCGACUCUCGAGAUUCCCCAAUUUGCAGCUGCCUCCCCGGCUUCCUCCCGCGGAUUAACCAGCAAUGGAAUUCCGGCAACUGGAGCGGCGGCUGCAGCAGGCGGCGCCCCUUGAACUGCAACGCCACAGAAAGAGGAAAAGACGGAUUCUUGAAGCUGCAGAUAGUGAUGCUGUUUGACUACUCCGAGCGGUGGUCCGGCCCCCAAUCUCAGUGUGAAAUUCGAUGCUUGAGCAACUGCUCCUGCCUCGCCUACGCCUCCGACGGAGGCGACGGUUGCAGGUUCUGGAGCGGUCCAUUAGCCAACAUUCAGAAGUUUCCCAGCGGCUCCGGCUCGAUUAUCUUCGUUCGCGUCUCCAAUUCGGAAUUGGAUGUGAAGAAAGUGUCUAGCAAGAUCAUUGUAGCUAUUGCUGUUGUUGCUUUCGUUGUCAUGUCAAUUGGGGCAUUCUUGUGUUGGAGAUCGAUUGCUAAACGCAGAGGCAAGAAGGAAACAAUUGAGCUUGGGAAUGCUGUUGAUCAGUCUCUUCCAGAUGGAUUGAGUCAAGUGAAUAUUGAUGAGUUGCCGUUGUUUACAUUGGCAAUGCUUACAAAUGCAACCAGCAGCUUCUCUGAAGGGAACAAGCUCGGGAAGGGUGGUUUCGGUUCUGUUUACAAGGGAGAGUUGGGUGAUGGGAGAGAGAUUGCGGUUAAGAGGCUUUCGCAGGCAUCUACGCAAGGGAUGCAAGAGUUUAUCAAUGAAGUGGUGCUGAUUUCUAAACUCCAGCACAAGAAUCUUGUUAGACUGCUUGGUUGUUGUGUGGAGAGUAAAGAGACUAUGCUGGUUUAUGAAUAUAUGCCUAACAAAAGCUUGGACUAUCACCUUUUCGAUUCAUCACAAGAGAUCCUAGAUUGGACGAAGCGUUACAAGAUUAUCGAAGGUGUUUGCCGAGGCCUUGUUUAUCUUCACAGGGAUUCAAGAUUGAGGAUAAUCCAUCGCGACCUCAAGCCCAGCAACAUAUUGUUGGAUAAUGAUUGGAACCCCAAGAUUUCAGAUUUUGGACUGGCCAGGAUAUUCGGAGCCAAGCAGGAUCAUGUGAGCACCGUAAGAGUGGUAGGAACAUACGGAUACAUGGCUCCCGAGUAUGCAAUGGAAGGAAGAUUCUCGGAAAAAUCAGAUGUUUAUAGCUUAGGAGUGCUGAUGGUGGAGAUUGCUACUGGGAGAAGGAACAAAACCUUGUGCCAAGACGGCUCCUUGAACCUUCUCGGACAUGUAUGGAAACUGUGGAAUGAGGAGAAUGUGGGAGGUGUUGUAGAUAGAAGAAUAUCAGGUUCGAAUGAGCGGGCAGAGGUGAUGAGAUGCAUACAUAUCGGGUUGCUGUGUGUCGAGGCAAGUCCUUCAGACAGACCAUCCGUUUCUGCUGUGCUGUCGAUGCUAAGAAGUGAAGUAGUUGAGCUUCCGGACCCAAAGCAACCGGCAUUGUCUGUAAGGCCCGUCCUUUUAGAUUCAACCCAAGAGAUCCAAAUAUGUAGUUCAUCGUCUGCUAACAAUGUCAGUGUCACCAUUGUUGAUGGCCGUUGAGGACCGAAACCUCCCCUCCCGAGAAGAUUAUCUACAUGGAACUGGUUUGUUGCAUUAGCAAGCAUCUCGAAGGUGAACUUUGGUAAAUCGCCAAUAUUAACUUCCUUCGAUUCAUUUUUUUAGUACGAUUGCAGUUGAAUCCGUCGUGAACAUCUGUCCUACUUCCAGAAUACUUGAAUCUUGCGCCUUGUUCCCUGAUUUGACGAAGAGUGAGAUGCAGCAAUAUAUACUUACUUUGUCAAAA